AAAUAAACAUGGCGACUUAUGAGUUGGCAGAUCAUAUGAUAAUCAAAUUAUUUGAACUGUAAAGUAGACCAACUUUAAUCAAAAUGUUUAAGAUAGAGUCUUACAUCACCCCACUAUUGAUGGGUUACGUAGAUAAAUAUGUGAAGUUGCGACAUGAAGAUUUUCAGCUGUCACUGUGGGGUGGUGAUGCAGUCCUGAAUAACCUUGACCUUAGAUUGGAUGUCAUCGAGAAGGCCAUCCAGCUUCCAAUCAUCUUCAAAAGUGGCCAUAUUCAUGAACUGAGAAUCCAUGUACCUUGGACAAAACUAGGAUCUGAACCUAUUGUUAUAACAAUUAAUACAAUAGAAUGCAUUUUGAAACUGAGGGAAUCUGCAUACAGUGACACAGCUAGUUCUCAAACGCCAGAAUUAAAGAAAUCGCGAUCAUUCCAGGCAAAACAAAAACAAAGACGACAACAAGCAGGGGAAGAUCUUCCACCAGGUUACUUACAAAGUCUUAUGAAUAAAAUCUCCAACAAUGUCAGUAUAGUAAUAAACAAUUUAAUUGUGAAGUUUGUGGAGGAUGACAUAGUCUUGUCCAUUAAUGUGAAGUCACUAGAGUGUUUCAGUGUGAAUGAGUUGUGGAAUCGAGCCUUCAUUGACCUCUGUCCCCCAGAGCUUGCCCUAAGGAAGUCAAUCAAUCUCUCGGACCUUACAAUUUGUCUAGAUAAGUGUGACAGCAGUGGGAAGAUAGAGAAUUAUCAGGACCCCAUGGUAUACAGGUGCUCCGUUACUGGUAGAGUCUACCUCAAGUAUGACUCAAUCAAUGCAAAGUUUCCCAGCAUCACUAAGUUUGACUUGUUUUGUGAGACUCUGGACGUUUCUCUGACUGACACUCAGCUGCCAUUGUUUUUCCGCUUGAUUGAACUUUGUUUGGCAUUGUACUAUGGCACACUCGAGUUUCCGAGCUCAGUGAAUGAGCAGGAGUCGAGUGUGAAGAGCGCGGAAGGAAGUGAGGACAAGAAAGAGGAAGAUGAAGAGAAACAAAGGGUGGAGGAUCUAGAGAAUCAACAGAGCUGGUCCUCGUGGGCAUGGUCCUAUGUUCCCCAGAUCCUACCCACAGGGGAGGAGGAGUUACAGGCCGAGGAAAGGUCCCCAAAGAAGAAACCACCCCCAGCUGUGUUAGCUGUAGGAAUGUAUGCCCACAAAGCCUCACUGACAUUUAAGUUGACAGAGAAGAUGAGAGAAAAAGUCCAUUACGGUCCUCAGAAGAUAGCAUUCCGACCCUUUAUGUACAUGGAAGCUGAAGGAAUAGGGGUAGACAUUGUGAUGAAGGGCCUGACUUUCUUCAACGUCCAGUUUGGGAUCAGCAACAUCAGUCUGGAGACCAGGGGAAACUGUAUCUGUGGGGCAGAUGAUGGCGAGGAUCAAAGGAGCAAGGUGAUUGUAAAGGGAGGAGAUGGUCUUGCUGACAAGGUCAUCAAUUACUACAGCAGGUCACUGUUUGACCUUGGUUGUCCUGUCAACCAAGGUCAGGUAUUGACCUGGACCUUUGAUGGACCAGAACACUUACAAACAUACACCGAGCAGGCGGCCAUGGACAAGUUUGGGGUGUUCUUUGUGGAUUAUCUGUAUGUGAUGCAGCCAUAUGAGGAAUCAUCGCAAAUGAUUGGGAGCACGUCCUCAAUAUCUGAGGGGGAGGAGCAUGUGUUCCUCAGGGAGAACUCCUUAAUGAGGUACAUUGUGGGGAGCUGUCAGUUUAACAUCUCCUCCUCAGCUGUCCACCGAGUUCAAAGGUUCAUACAGGCAGCUCAGAACCACAGCUACGAGCCGUACGCUAAAACAAAAGAUGAGGUUGUGGAUGACCAGAGACCAGCCCCAUCGGAGGCCCAGGUGUCCUCCCUGGAGAAUGUCCUACCCACCCGAACCCAGCACCUCACCAUCAUACAACCCUUCAUCUCCGUCUACUACGCUCAACAUGAAAACUGUGAUAUCUCAAAGAAAUCCUACAAAACUGUUCAUAAACCUUCCAAGGUUUCUAAAGAAGAAUCAAAUUUACCAAAGCCAUCAGCUGUGAUAUUACCUGUGGUUGCUAUGACAGCAGUAAAAUUUGAAUUUCAAGUCACUAAUCCAAUGUAUCCUAGAAAACUUAUCAAAUAUGUCAGUAAAAUGGCUGCUCCUUCUGCUAACCUUCUCCAUAAUUGCCACUCACACACACAAUUUAAGUUGUUUGGAGCUGCCAUUGGUCUGCAGACUCUGUCAGAAGAUUUAACAAAGUCACAUGUCCUGUCUCUUGUGCCUGAGUUCAGUGGCGCCAUCUACAACAAGCGUCUGCUGCUCUCCAUGUAUUGGAACAGUAGGAGACAGCCUAAGGCUGAGCAGAUUUAUGAACUUCCUCAGGCCACGGCCAACUUCACCAAGGCCAGCCUACUGCUACUGACCCAGAUUGUAUCGUCAUGGCAACAGAAGACUCCAAAGUCAGCUCUUCUUACAGACACAAGUCUAAUGAAGGAUAACUUUGUAGAAGAUGCUGUGAAUAUCCCUGUGCUAGAGUUGAUUGUGUCAGGAAUAGAAAUGAAGAAGAGUAAACUGGUGGACACUCAGGCCUGUACUGGUACCCUGUCCUCAGUUAUGGCAACUCUCUACUUGGGGAGAAACUCACCACCUAUCCCAGUGUUCACUGCUCCGGCUGACACCAGUAAAAUCUCUACAGAGGAAUUCUUCAUGCACCAGACUACAUAUACAGAGGAAUCCAAAGAUUUCAUCACAAUUGUUUAUCAGAUUCCUAAAGAUCAGGCAACAACUGAGUUACCAACUGUGGCCUUGCUGAAUAUGGAAGGAUUUGUAUGUAACAUGGACCAGUCAUUAAAUGAAUGGUUUAAUUACACACCCACAUUAAUGAAGAAAGCCGCCAAGAAAGAGAGUCAAGUCAGCCUUGACAUGGCCUUGGCUGAGGCCACCAUUCCACUGCAGAGACAAAGGUCAAAAGCUUCAAGUGCUGAUUCAACAACUCACAAAACAGAAUCUGUCACUAAAAACACUAGUCAAGUAGAAACAAAAACAAUUACCCAUAGUGCAUCACAGAGAGCACUGACCAAUCAGAAGUCAGAGAGUGAAGAAUCAGGGAAAACAGAGGAUGUUCUUGGGAAAUGGCUGUCUGGGAUAUUUCCUUAUGUUAAGUCACUCUACCUUCAGGUGGAUGUGAAGUGUUGUUGCCUGUUCCUGAGCUCGGCCAGUGUCAUGGUAUCUGAUCCCAGCUCCUUCAUACCCCUCAACAUCAGGAAGUCCACCUCAGAAAACCCCGCCGCCGAGACCCUGGUGUUCUGUCUUCCCACCCUCAAAUUAUACAGCUCUGGGGGGCGAUCUCUGUCCAGGGGAAUGGACAUCCCUAUCACUAGUCUAGAGGGACCACUCAAAGGUGAGAGGUUGCCAUGGCAGAUGAGUUUGGACGACUUCAGUGUGUACUCCCUCCAUGGGUCAGACAUUCACUCCCUGGUCAAACCAGCCUCAGUCAGUUGUACAGUAGCAGUCACCUCUAAGUACGAUCUGUUGUCCUCAGAUACUAUCUCAGCACUGGGUCUCUGUCUACACACAGACAUGAAGGCUGUGACCCUGUCUUGUUCUAAACAUCAGGUUAAGUUGUGUGCUCGACUGGCUAUGAGUCUACUGGACAUGGCUACAGAAGUCAGGUCUCUGAUGAAGGAUCUUUCACCCAAACCUGUAGAGAAAGCCAAGAAGGAUGAAAUCCCAGAGACACCCCCUGUAGCAGAACCAACCAGCAAUAAAUCUAUUGUAGAAGAUGUUCUGCUAUCAGAAACAGAGACCUCUACUGAGAAUAAGUCAAGGGGGACAACUCCGAGCCAGGAUCUGGAGUAUGAUGGCUACAGUAAAGACAGAGUGAGACUGUCCCUCUGGCUUCAGUGGACCCUCCCUAAACUGGAACUCAGGUUCUACAAACACGAUAAAGUCACAAAUCAAGAAAAUAGAGUCACCAUGCAAAUUGAGGAUAUUGCAUUAUCUGUUGAUGUCCAGGAAAUAUAUGCUAAGGUCAAGGUCACCUGUAAUUCUGCUAAUGUUCAUCACUUUGACAGAAAAAUGCCCAAGAAUAAAAAUGAGCUGACCCACUGGGAAGAGGGACCUUACCUAGGCAUCCUGAUGAGUUGUAGAAAAGAGAUCUCGGAUGACAUCCAGAUUUUAUCUCACAAAACUGGUUUUCAUUCCCAGCAUUCCACAUUACAUAAAACUGGAGAGUCCCAGUCAAGGGACGUAACUCAUGGUUUCCUCAACUUCACUUUCACGCGUGCCUUAUGUAAGAAUGUUGCCAAGAAGAUGAGGAAGCUGAAUGCAGACCUGGCAGCUUUCGAGGAAUUUGAGAAUGAGGCUGUUAGUUAUGAUCUUUAUUUCCACAAACACAUCUCAGAGAUGUGUCUAAACACUGAACCCUGUGAUUUUAUCUUGUACAUUCCAGCAGUGCAUACUGUCCUAGACAGCUUUGAAUCUCUGAUAUUCCCUAAGAAAUCUUCCUCUGUGCCAAAACCAGUUCAAAUCCCAGCAAUACCAGCUCAGAAGAAGGAAAAUCUUCCCAUACUUACCUCCAGUUUUCUCCCUUUGUUGUAUGUUACCAUCAGCAAUGUUAGAGUUUUCAUUCCCAGAAUAUCUCCAGUGGAGCAGAAAGGUCAUGACCUAGCUCUGAUCAUUCUACCAGAAAUAGCAGUGAACCCACAAGUGGAUAAUCCGUUACCUAGAUAUGCUGUCGAGAGGGAGAUCUACCACAAGGCCAUGCAGCUAAACCUGACACAACAACCUGGGUCAGCCAUUGAGAAUAGGCAGUACCAGAUUGAUAUUCAGGGGCUCUCCAUAUGUACAGGAAAAUGGGGAGAUUUUCUCCAGCAGACACAUUCAGAGAGACAGAAAGACUUGGUCAAGCCAAAGAUCCAGAUUCCUGCCCUGGAAUGGAAUACAGUUCUCAAACCCUUCAAUGAUGAACGUGAACCUAUUAAGUUGGUGCCUAUGCUGUAUAGAUUGGACAUGAAGAUUGUAGCAGCUCCAGCUAUUGUUUACAUCUCUCAGAGGAAGGAUAUCCAACCCGUACAGAAGAUUUUGGUAUGUGGACAUUCCUUGGAAGUCAAUGUAACAAACAAGCUUAACAUCUAUGCUGGGACAAGUCAGAUCAAACUCUUUGAGGACCUGGCUCUAUCUUUUGUGUCAAGCCUCUCAGGGAAACAUAGCAGAAGAGAAAAACAUUCUAGAAAAAGUCAGACAGGUGCCCCGGCAAAGUCAGAGGUGUCAGCUGACAGCGGACUGGGUAGUGAUAUAUCGUCAGUCAAAUCCCCAGGGAAAACAAGAACAGAGAGACCUUCUAUAAUAAAUCAGGGUCAAGGAUCUCAGUCAAUCACACCUUUUGACUUAUUACUGACUGCUAAUGUUGUGUCCUGUACACUGUUCAGAAACCAGGGGAUAGAGAAAGGGGUGGAUCUAUCAGACGACAUGGUGAUCAUUGAUAAAGCUGAUGUGGCAGACAUGGGAACAGCGAAUAAUUCUGACAGAAAAGGAAGGAAAGAAAGUACAGGAGAUUCAUGUCUAGAUCCUGUGAUACCAUUCCUUCAUUUGUAUCUAUGGCAACCUCAUACAGUGCUUUCCUGUCACCAUGACAACCAGAAGUUUGAAAUUUCAUGCUAUGAUAUUUCCUUAAAAGGGCCCCAUAAAAAUAUCACUCCUACAGAUUUAUCCAAGCAGUUGCCUAACUGGUCAACAUAUGGAGUGAGCUGGAUAGAGACCAGACCAGGAGAACCCAAUCCUAAGACAGGAAUCCCUCCAAGUCUGUGUACACUGUCUGUUGCAGACUUGAUGAAGGAUCGGGUUAAAAUUGGGGUCAAAGUGGAGAGACCAGUGAAAGUCAACUUAAGUCUGGAUAAAGUGCAACACAUUCAGGAUUUCCUCAGUGAUAUUUUGGUAUCAUCUCCUGGUGAUCAGAGUGCUAAGGGACCACCUAACUUGGAGGGGACAGUCCCGGGACCACCAGGAAAAUCUGGGUCACCAUCAAGGGAGACAACUAGUGCAAGUUCAGAGGGACUACAGACUGUUAUUUCUAAGAUUGGAGAUGUGGAUGUGGUUUGUAAUCAGAUGGUCAUAGCCAUGGAGACAGAAUGUGCUGAUGAGCAUGCUCAGUUGUUCAGUAGUGUAGAGGAAAUCCAGCUGGAGGUCAACCUGAUUCCUAAUCAGCUAAAUCCAGAUAAGACAGAAGGACUGACAGCAGACUUUUAUUUCUGGGAUUUAACUGUCAGCACCAGUUACAGAAACAAAACCUGCCCCUUUCUGGGGCCCCUGAGUUUGGCCGCUGAUGCUGUGGUCAGAUUCUAUGAGGAUGAUUGUCUGACCCCAUUGUCUGUACCCAGAGUGGUCACUUCUAUCACUGUAGAACACAUACAGAUCUCAGUUGGUCAGGAGCAUGUCAAAUGUUUCAAAGUAUUCGGGGAUAGUUUGAAGAACUUCACUGGUCAAUUCCAGAAAGUCAGUAAGAGGCAUAAAGACCCCCCAGACCUUGGGGUGGAGACAGAGGGGGCACCUGUUGAGUCUGUAUUGGUGGCAGAAGAGUCCUCCAAGGAUGAUCUGAGAACGGGAAAGUUCCUGUAUGUCAUGAAUCCAGACAGCAGAGUGAUGUUCCCGGCAGCAGGACAGAUUGUCUUCUGUAAUGAGGACCAUAAUGACGAAGCCAGCAUGACCUGGAGUUAUUGUCAACCAAGAGUUAUCUCCCAUAUAUCAUUCACUCCCAUUCCAUUUAACUUACCUCAGAACUUCCCCAGUAAAGCAGAGGAAAAACAGAUAUUGGUACCAUGUGCUUUACAGUACUACGAUGUGGUCACUAAACAGUUUGUUACCUACAUACAGUUUGAUUUGUCAGAAAAUGUAGAGACUGUGCUGGAACUUCCAGAGGUCAAAGUUCAUCUUGUGGGGGAUCUGGUGGUUGCCAAGAUGUGGAGGGUGCUGAUCAAAUAUAACCAGAUCUUCUGUCACGGACAUGAACUGACAGAAGAGGACCUCCCAGAGAGAAGUUCUAUCCUGCUUCCCUCCUCCCUGGCCGCCUCGGUGAAGAUUGAUUCCAGUUACCUCCCCUGUCUUAUCCCGGUACUACAGUGUUACGUCAAUGUCAGUCUGGUGGCCGUUCACCUGUAUAACCACUUCAGGUGUCUGGGCUCAGGGGUACCCAGUAAACUACAUCCCUUUGUGUUUGAUGGCAGUCUUCCAGAGGACCAGAUGUUCAGUGCCCUGACCUUCAGGAAUUCCUCACUACAAGUCAGACAUCUACUGGGGGACUUCAGGAGGACUGCAGUACAGUUGUCUGGGUCUGCUAGUGUAGAGGUGACAGACUACGGCAAUCUGACAAACCAUGACGUCAUCAGACCCUUUAUUUUCUACGGAGACAUAUGUCUACUUCCUGAAGACAAACAGACACAGCAGUUGGAUUGUAACCUGACAGUAGAUCCAGUGUUUAUCAGGUUUGGUAAAGGAGCUGUACACACUCUGAACUGCUCACUCCAGGCCUGGAAUCAGGUGUCUGGUGUAACAAAAGAAACAGAGAGAGUGAUACUCAAUCACUACAUCAUAUGUAAUGAUACAUCUCAACCAAUCAGGUUUGGUCAGGUUGGAACUGAUGAAAACAUUGCUCUGGAAUCCAGAAACAUGCACUGCUACAGCUGGAGAAGUCAAAAAGCAAAACAGGAGCUCCAUCUGUGUGUUGAUGGUAAGGUGUGGAAGUGGUCUGAGCCGUUUGACAUUAACGUUGUUGGCAGUGUAGUUCGAGUCAUGAAGACGUUUAAUCAACAGCAGUCCCUGAUCAUUACUGUCAAACAGAUAUCUAAUGUCCAGAAACAGGUGACCAUUCAUGGACAACUGAUGAUAGCCAGUCACAUGUCCCUGCCGUUAAAUGUCAGGAUUUUCUACUCCACGUCGGAAUCUGAGAUGAACCAAUCAACAGUCAUGCUUCACCAGAGUGAGACAGGCCCCUCCCACAUUCUAGAACCCGAGCAUAUCAAGUACAUCAAAGUACGAGCACACCGAGGGCCAGUGGAUGAUUAUGAUUGGUCCAGUGAGGUGUAUGUGUCCGCAGAGAAACUUACAGACAGCAGGACAGUCAUGAUUACAAUGCCAGACAAGAGUAAGAUACACAUCUGGUGUCAUGUGAUUUGUCAACAUGUGAAGAGCGUCUCACGAGUUACAGUCUUGUUAUGUCCCCUGUAUGUGAUAAGAUCCCAGCUACCUCGACAGCUAAUCGUUCACAUAGAAACUCCCAGCAUGCAACAGUCACGGCAGGUCAGUGUUCCUGGAAAGGGGAGAGAACUCCAGCUGGAAUGUCUAGGAGCGGCUUACAGUCAUAAUCUCACCUUCCAGCUCAGUCAAGGAUUGGAGAAAUCCAGUUCCUCAGUGACCUUGACCACCGGACUCAUAAAUCAGAUCACAAGGUCAUCACCAUCCACUAUAGAUGUGGAGGCUCUCACUCAGUUCUGGAGGAAGGAGGAUGGAGAUCAGUGGCCAUAUUGUUUUACAGAGGAUGCCAAAGGGCACCCAGGAUUAUUCUACUGCCCUCCAGAAUCUCCUACUGCAUCUGAUUCUAGCCAUCAAUCAUCAGAGGGAGCAGACCCAAGGGACCUUGACCUGAUUGUGUCCCAGCCCAGCCUUGACCUACAUGUCAACCUUUCUGAGUACUGGCCUGGCUGUGGCACACUGCUGGUCGAUGUGUCGCCAUGGUGUCUCAUGACAAACCAAACUGACCUUGACCUAAUGAUAGUGGAACAAAAUGGCACAUCUUGGCAACUUCCAUCCAAAAAGACAUUUACACCACCAAAAUUCAAGACAGAGUUUAUGAUUGGUGUAGUGUGUGAAGGGUCCCCGUUUUACACCAGCCCAAUCCCCCUGUCUGAUGAGGAAGUAGAGCUACAGUUGUACAGACCAGACAAAGGGAGAAUACUCUUCAUUGAUGGAUAUCUCCAGACCAGGAUCCUCAUCAAACACCCACAGAAAAAUCAAAUUUGUUUCCUUACCCUGCAGUCAUCAGUGAAGAAGAACAUGAGGAUAAUUGUGAUUACAGAGACCUUUAACCUCUGUAAUCUGACCCUUGACCCCAUGACUUUGUCACUCAAUGCCAUUCCCGUCAGUAACAAUAAGGUUAACUUGGCACCUAAUGUCUCCUCAAACAUUCCAAGUCACCUGAAGUGUAAAAAGGACCAAACAGAUUUCUCUCCUUUGUUAAUGUGGAAUGCAUUAGACAAUACAGAUAUCAAAGAAGAAACCUUCUCUCACUAUAUCUCCAUAAAAAUCAUCGAAUCAGACAAGAGCUCUGAUCUCCUUGAGGUACACAGUGAAACUGUUUCCGAUUGGUCACAUCCAGUGAGAUUGACAGCCACUGAGAAGGGAACUAAGCUGACAUUGGCUGUACCUACCUGUGAUGGGAGUCUCCACACCAGACCUGUGUGUGUGUCGGGGUACUUCAGACAGGGGAUCUAUUAUUAUGUGGUCAGGGAGGAUGAGUCCCCCUCCUGUCUGAUUCAUAAUAAAACCACCUUCCCUCUCUGUUAUGGACAUCAAAAUCUUGCUCUGCUCACCGCAGGAAUUGUAGUUCAGGAGGAGACAGAAUUAUUGAGUUCUCUACCCACCAUUCCCCCUCACAGAAAUGUGUUCUACACUCCACUACUGAUGAACCAGAGGUUUUCAGAAAAUGUGGGUGAUCUUAAAUUUCCUAAACUUCACUUUGGAGUGAUGAAGAACCAAGGGAGGCAAUCUGAGACUGUAAAUAAAGUUGUAUGGAGUAGUGCUAUUGAUGUCAAUUCAGACAUGGAAUCUUUUGUCUCCAUUCCUGGAUCCAUGGAUAUUAAGGUCAAGGUUAAAAGUGUUGCCAUGGUUACACAUAUCACCGUGGAAGCAAUAAGUAAAGCUGAAGUAUCAGCCAUGGAGAUCAGAAGUAGGAUCAAAACAGAAAAAACCGAAGUCUCUACUGAGAGCAAUAAGGGUAGUCAAGAGGAUGAAUCCAUCAUCCAGUGUCUGGAAACUGCAGCCAUGGCAACAGUAUCUCACAAGGAAAGUUCAAAGAGAAAACCUCAGAAGAGUAAAAUAGACGUUGUGUUAGGGCUCCACUGCCGCCAUGUGUGUGUGGUGCUACAGGACGAGACCAGCUCUACAGAGGAGAUUUCUGAGGUUCUCCAGGUCUCUGUUGAUCAUCUGUUUCUGGCUCACCUUCCCUCAUCUGGGUCAAGGUCAGACAAAACUUCAACAGACCAAGAUCAGCAUCAGUGUUUGUCAAUGUGUCUUGGAAGCUUGCAGGUCGAUAACCAGCUUUACCUCACCAAGGGACUGUAUGAUUUUCCUGUUGUUUUUAUGGCACAGAAUCCAAUAGACUUUCCGGAUGUGUCUGGUAUGAAUGUGAUGGAGAAGCUAGCUGUUCUGAAAUCAGUGAGUUUGUGUCACGUACAGGCAGUGAUAGAACAUGACUGUCUGACACACAGCCUGGUGAAGUCCCUAGAAAUCAGCAUCUCCCCAAUCACUGCCAACAUCAACGACAAGUUUGUGUACAGGAUUCUGAAGGAGUUUGAUAUUCUCAUUCCAACCAGUCUUUCAUAUCCUACCUCACGGAAACAAACCGUAAAGAAACUACCCAGGUCUUUCAAAGCUUCUUCAGUUGUCCUGAGUUCUCCGGUUAAGAUAGAGCACCUGUGUAUCAAACCAGUGUCUCUUCUUCUCAGUGUUCACGCCUCACUGAAGUUGUUUAUUGCUUCAGACCGCACUCCACUGGCUUUUAGGAAGUUUGAGAAAACUAAAGUUGUGACCACAUCUUAUCAUCUGAUCAGAGCCUUGGCCAUGCACUAUGCUUCAGGUGCUCUCUUUAGAGCAGGCAUAGUUGUGGGCUCUUUGGAGAUUCUGGGAAAUCCGACUGGCUUGAUCCGCAGUAUAGGGACGGGGGUAGCGGAUCUGGUGAAGAAACCGUACGCUGGUCUGACUCAGGGGCCCGGAGCUUUUGUCAGCGGAGUGUCCAGUGGAAUGUCUUCAUUUGUCAGGAACAUAUCAGCGGGUAUGCUGACAUCGGUGACAAACUUUGCUUCCAGUGUAUCCCGGAACAUGGAUCGCCUGUCUCUAGAUGAAUCUCACGUGGAGCGACAGGAAGAGAGGCGUCGCCAGCAGCCGGACGGGAUUUCCAGCGGUCUUAAACAAGGACUCACAGGAUUUGGACUCAGUGUAUUGGGGGCGGUAGCUGGUUUGGCAGAUCAGCCAAUACAGAACGUCAUCCAAUCAGAAAACAGCAGUGAACGAAUGGCCAGAGGAUCACCAGCUUCAGGGAUUGUCAAAGGAGUCGGCAAGGGAAUUCUGGGAGUUUUCACCAAACCACUAGGUGGCGCUGCAGAGCUUGUGUCACAAACUGGACAAGGGCUGCUGCAUGGAACAGGACUAGCAGACCAUGUUCCUCUACCGAGAUAUGAUGCAGAUGUUGUUAUCACAUCAUUAUCAAACAACAGUGAAUCAAAAUAUGUCAUAAAAUUCCUGAACUCCUUGCCUAAUGCCCAGCUCUGGUCACUAGUAGAAGCAGACCUUAUUGACAUCACAGAUACAGAGGUCAAAGUUCAUCUCUUGCUCACCAGUGAUCUGCUCAUCAUAAUCAGUUUAGAGGAUGAUUCCCAGCAACAGGCAUUUUCAUUGGCUGAAAUAGAAAUAUGCAAUAAAAUAACCAAUGAGCAGUUUCUUACCAUUAUAUGGAAGGAUUCUAUGCAGCUCCACACGUCAGAUCAGCCUUCUGGUGGCAGUAAGGACCGAGUAGAAGCCUUUAUUGACGGCACCAGUGGGUACGUCCAGGUAUCUCCUCCAGACACGCCCCCAAUGGAUGACAGCCAAUCAGAAUCCUCCAUUUCUCCUGUCAGCAGGAAGGCAGAAUCUCCCAAAUACAACUUUCUGAUACACCCCGAAAUCAAAAGUGCUUUUGUGGCUCAGUUUAAUUUACUGAAGAAGAGAAUCAUGCGGAGGGGUUUUCAUGUCAACUAGCAUCAUCUUCAGAUCAGAGCAAUAACUACUGGAUGAUUAGUGUAAAAGUUCAGUGUGUAAAAUUCAGUAUUUCAGUAUUGUUAUAUGUAAAAUAGCUGCUUAUUUAUUUUUUUAAUUGAUACUUCAAUUUAAAUUAUGAAUACAAUGAAAAACAUUCCAUGUCUUGAUGGAUCAGAUAUCUUAAUACAUUAUAUAUAAUGGUUUCAUUUUAAAAUGGUUGUUAUAACUACAUUGUAUAAAAGUCAUUUCAGGAGAGGGUUAUAUACAUGUACUUGGUUUCACAUCAUAUAGUUUUAACAAAAGACUUCAACAGAUCAGUAUUUAUAUAUCAAACAAAGAUAUUUUAAUUAAAUUAUGAAGAAUUUUUUGUUUAAAAUUUUAUACAAAGUAUGAUAUAAGUAACUGUUACUUAUUCUUGUAAAAGUCACAUUUUGAGAAAUCUCAGAUGUUAUGUUCACAAAGCUAAAUUAUACAUUUUAAGUCAUUAUAUAUGGGCAUACAUAUAUUUUUGUUCUUUAAGACUAUACAUUUUACACAGUAAUUAUGUAAAUGAAUAUUAAAGAUGAAAGUAUUGCUACGAAUAGUAAGGGAGGUAACAACUGAAUCUGUUUGUUGCAAGAUUACAUGUAUCUGAUGAUGUUUCUCAUUUUGAUUUUACUGUGAAAGAUGUUUGUUUAUAUUUUAAUUACAUUGUUAUAGACAUUAUAGUUUCUUGUUAAUUCAUGUUUUACACUUAUUAUUACCAUUUAUUUGUAAAACUUGAUUAAUUUUAUCUGUUGCUCAGAAGAUUCUCUCCAAGGGAAGGAAAAUUCCAAUUUUCUUUCAAAAAUUUUAAUUCACUGGGGAAAAGUUUAUGGAAAAAAAAAUUUCCAAGUGAUGGUUACAGACACAAAUCUGUCACUCAUGUCAGAACAAUGUUAUUUUUGUAUGUGAGAUUCUUUAACCAAGAUCUUUUUAUGCAUUUCUAUGAAAAGUUUCCAGCAGAAAUCUGUUUCAGAUGUUCAAUGUUUGUUAAUUUUGCUGUUGAUGUGCAAUAACAGAUGUUUUAUUUAUAUUAUCCUGUACUCAAAGUACUGUUUUGUUGCUUCAUAGAGUAAUAAAUUAUU